GGGGNCAUGGGCGGGCUUGGAAUUGACAGAGCUAUUACUCCCGGAAAGAGGGCAUUAUCAGAACACGAGAAAAGCUAGUAAAUCACGAGCAGUUAGGGGAGCCACUGAUAAGUACAGGAAUGCAGCGGAGUCUCCACAUAGACUUGGUGUCCACGUGUCACGUGGACACGAGGUUAAAAAAACGCCUCAAAUGAUUCCUUGUCAAUCUCGUUCCCAGAGUCUUUCAUCUUCCUGCACUCCCGGAGCAGGGAGGUGAGAAAACCUGAGAACGAAUGUUCUUAGAACCCAGACUCUCAUCCCCUAAACAGCAAAAGAUGGCGGACGGGGAAGAUGACGGGAAAACUUGUAAGGAAUGUGGGAAGAGUUUUAAUAAGAAAUGGAGGCUAGAAGAACAUAAGAGGUCUCACACCGGUGAGAGACCAUACCACUGUGCAUUUGAUGGCUGUGGUAAAUCUUUUAUUAGACCAUACCAUCUGAAGCGACACAUGGGCAUCCACACAGGACAAUCCUUCAAGUGUUCUUAUCCAGGCUGUACACAAACAUUUUCUCUGAAGCACAGCAUGGAUAGGCAUGCAAAAAGAUCUCACAACAACCCCUUCAAGUGUCAUUAUGAUGGUUGUCAUCAGUCUUUCAAGAAAAGCAGUCAGCUGACCAGACACAUCUGUGUUCAUACAAAUGAAAAGCGAUUCAAGUAUGUUAGGAUGGAUGAACAAUGUUAUGGAAUCUGAAUGUAGCUACACUGUACAUGUUCACGUAUUUACAGCGUGUUCCUGAUGUAUUCAUGACUUUAUCACUAUUUAGGAUAUAUUUUUAUCAUCCAACUGCAGCGAAUACUGUCCAAAUAACAGUACAAAUAAUUAUACAGCGAUAUUGUACGCUUAAACCUGUUUUCCAUACAGAUCGGCAUGGGCACGCAAAACUUUCACACUCUCUCUCUUUCAAUGAUAAAUUUAUUGACUACAGCAUUUGGAUAAUAAAUCUCUUAUUAGAUGUUUUGUUGUGUAGUA